CGUUAUAAACAAAUAAAGAAAGUAGGUGAAUUAUUGGUGAAUGGUGUUAUCAAAUUAAAUUAAAAUUCGAGUGAGUUUUGUAGUUUUGCAAUCAAUUUUCGAUAUAAAAUCGUCUACUUUGUCAGCUGUAUCAACUAACCAAAUUAGAAACAUGGACGUCCAACAAAAAGGAGAGAAAGUAAAAUCUCUAGCCCACGAUUCAGCACGAAAUGCUGUUCUAACUCCAAGUCAAGAGUUACCAGCUGAGACUCCGACCGUAGCUGGAUACGACUGGGAGAACGGAACAGAUUAUAACAAGAUUUUGGACAGUUACGCUAGAUCUGGUUUCCAAGCGACAAGUUUUGGGAGAGCUGUGACUGAAAUCAAUAAAAUGCUCAAAAGUCGCUCUGUACCGUUGACCGAAGAAACCAGCGACCCUUUCGAAGAAGAUAUCUUUAUCAAGAAGAAAACUAAUUGCACAAUUUUCUUAGGUUACACCUCUAACAUGAUUUCUUCUGGUCUAAGAGAAACUAUACGGUUUUUAGUUAAGAAUAAACUUGUGGACUGCGUAGUUACAACAGCAGGUGGUGUUGAAGAGGAUUUGAUCAAAUGUCUCGCACCUACAUAUGUAGGAGACUUCAAUUUAAGCGGAAAAAUGUUGAGAAUGCGUGGAAUUAAUAGAAUCGGUAACUUAUUAGUUCCUAAUGAUAAUUAUUGCUUGUUUGAGAAAUGGGUUACUCCCGUACUAGAUGAAAUGUUGGAUGAGCAAAUCAGUGAUGGUACAGUAUGGUCACCGUCAAAAAUAAUCACUCGUUUGGGAGAGAGAAUUAACGAUGAGAGUUCUGUUUGUUAUUGGGCUGCGAGGAACAACAUACCAAUCUUUAGUCCUGCGUUAACAGAUGGAUCUUUGGGUGAUAUGAUGUAUUUUCAUUCGUACAAACGUCCAGGUCUAAUUAUUGAUAUAUUAGGAGAUAUACGUAGGUUGAAUACAAUGGCAGUUAAAGCGAAUAAUACUGGUAUGAUCAUAUUAGGAGGCGGUCUUAUCAAACAUCAUAUAAAUAAUGCUAAUUUAAUGAGAAAUGGUGCAGAUUAUGCUGUAUAUGUUAACACAGCCAGUGAAUUUGAUGGUAGUGAUUCGGGAGCUAGACCUGAUGAGGCAGUGUCUUGGGGGAAAAUACGUCCUAAUGCAACACCAGUCAAGUUAUAUGCAGAUGCAACCUUAGUUUUGCCAUUGUUGGUCGCUCAGACAUUUGCUAAGUAUCAUUUCAGCAGUAAAAAAAAUGUGUAAUACAAUUAUGUUAUUUGAUAAAAUCUAAUUAUUUUUAGUUUAGUUUUCUUACUAGAUGAUACCUGUGACUUCAUACUCAUGAAUUUAGGUUCAUUUGAAAAUCCCGUAGGAACUAAAUAUCCAAGAUAAAAGUACCCUAUCUAAGAUAAAAAGUGAUAUAUAUGUAAUUAAUUUCAUCAAAAUUGGUUUAAGAGAUGAUAGGUCAUGGAAAGGUAACACAUUUUUGCAUUUUAUAGUAGGGGAUAUCAGAAAUAUAAUAUUUUGCAAAAUAGUAUUUCUAGAUAUGUAUGAUCACUGUUUUUUGUAUUGUAAAGUUUACAAUGUGUUAAAGUACAGUGUAAUUGUGUUUACUUUUUAAUUAGAUAAUUACUUAUGUUUAUUAAGUAUCAUUUUGUGCCUCUAUAUUUUCAACUAUAAUAAGUACAAUUAGACAAAUUACAGUUGAAAAUAGUAUAUUUCCAACUGUAAUUUGCCCACAUUAUCCAGAAAAUUCAUAGAAACAUUUCUCUCAAAGAACCAGUGUCACCAAACUCACAAAAAGUAUAAUAAUUGUAGUAGUAAGAAAAUUUGAAAUAUAUAUGUACGUGUGUUUUAUUUAAUAAAUCUAAUUUUUAGCUAGGCAGGUACCUACUUUUUUUUAUGAAUUCUCAUAAAUAAGAUUUACUUAUAUGUUAAAUGGUAUUAAAACGGGUAUGACCAUUGUUUUUGUUGUAUUUACAAUGCCAUGUUGAAUAAAAUUAUUUAUAUUUAA